AUGUCUGCCAAACGGGAAGUCGAGGAUACAGACGGCGAUACGCCAGAGCCGCAGACGAAACGCGCAAAGACGAGCAACUCCAAGACGCGCCAGCACCAGCACUCGGGCAUCGAUCCCACCUGGGGCCAGAAAUACGUCUUUUCCAGCAGCGAGAAUGCGACGACGAUUCCAGAAGGCGAGGAAUCGGAGUUUGAGGACGACGCAGAUGCCAUGGCAUAUCUGAUGUCUGUGAGACAGCAAGCUUAUUCCAUCCCACACCUCCUGGUUGCACCACCAGUCCAGAUUGGCCCACAGCUGCCUCCCGGCUUCGAUAGAGAAGAAGACGAGUCGGAGGAAGACGGCGAGAUGAAGGAGGGCUUUCAAGCAAGCGACGCCUUUGACGCACCUGAAUCGAACGGAUUUUACGAAGAUGGUGCCUACAUAGGCAUUUCAGACGGAUGGAGAGGCAGCGGCGCCGACCAGGAUGGCGUGCCUGAUGACGAGAACCCUGAAGCCAUCCAAAAGGCAGUGGACGAAGCGUACUUUGCCUCUAUACUGCAGCAGUACUACCACCUCCGCGAAAUCCUUCACACGGAGCCUCCCGCCGGUGCCGUACGCCGGCUAUCACGCUCUCGAGCCACCGAGGCCUUGUCCUUUGGGCGCUCUACCAUCACGCUGUGGUCCCGCCUCCUGAAAACAACCGAUCCCCAUCCCGUCCAAGUCGCACUCAUGUCCAAAGACACGGUUCUGAAGAUUUUACGCGUCAUGAUGAGCGGCAAGUUCCUUCGAAGCGGAUACAGCAUUCCUCCGAGAACAAGCCAGUGGCUCUGGGCACUGCUGGCCAGGCUGCCGGCCAUGGGGGAGCUCAACCACGCCGAGAUCAGCUGGAUUCGCGACCUAGGCAGACGCGCAGUGCUGCUGGGGAGAAGUCUGGCGGAAAUGGCUGCUCUCCGAGAGCAGCUUGCGGAUACUGGGUUUGGGGUCAAUGACAAUGUUGAUGCUAGCAGCAGUGAUGAAGAAGUGGUUGCAGAGACUAUCGAAGAAGGGGAGGAAGAAAGGGAUGACGACAUCGGCGCUCUUCCAGCAGCCAAGGUCACGACGACCGACCCACCAGCUGUCGCACGCCGCCGCAGAAACUCAUCUUCGCCCAUUCCAGAUGCCCUUGAUGAAAAAACUAUGAUACCCGCUGGAGAAGAUGACAAAGGCGCUGAAGGCGUUGACGAGGGGGAGAUCCUGGGGGCCCAGCAUCGCAGCGAGGACGAGGAUGAGGACGUGGCUAUGGACACGGCCUCUGAUUCCAGCGCCGACGAGGGUGAGGUAACCGAGCAGCCGGACGAAGCCACGUCUCUAGAGGAAGCCAAGCAGAGGCUAUUGGCAAGGCUCGCCGAGAGCGAAAGCGAACGGCGCAAGGAAGAGGAGCGGAGAGAUGCGAGGAUGAAUAUGAGAGCCACGCUUACCAUGAUCCUCACGGUGGCUGGUGAGUUCUAUGGCCAGCGAGACCUGCUCGACUUCCGAGAGCCAUUUGUAGGUAUGUAA